AUGGUCGACGUCGAUCGGAGAAUGACCGGCCUCAACCCGGCCCACGUCGCCGGCCUACGCCGCCUCUCCGCCCGUGCCGCCGCCGCCCCAUCUACCCCCUCCACCACCAAAUCCUCCCUCCCCGUACGCAACGGCCUCCUCUCAUAUUCCUCUCUGGCGGAAAAUCUAAUCACUCAUCUUAAAAACUCGGGUAUCCAAGUCCAGCCGGGUCUAUCCGAACCCGAAUUCGCCCGCGCCGAGGCCGAGUUCGGCUUCGCAUUCCCUCCCGACCUCAAAGCCGUCCUCUCCGCCGGCCUCCCCGUCGGCCCCGGCUUCCCCGAUUGGCGCGCAUCCGGCGCUCGCCUCCACCUCAAGGCCUCCCUCGACCUCCCGAUCGCCGCGAUUUCGUUCCAAAUUGCCCGGAAUACCCUCUGGUCCAAGUCCUGGGGUCCGAGACCGUCCGACCCGGAAAAGGCUCUCCGGGUCGCCCGAACCGCCUUGAAAAGAGCGCCGCUUUUGAUCCCCAUCUUCAACCAUUGCUACAUUCCUUGCAAUCCUUGCCUCGCCGGCAACCCAGUCUUCUUCGUCGACGAGAAUCGGAUCUUCUGCUGCGGGUCGGAUCUCUCCGACUUCUUCGAGCGCGAGUCGGUUUUCCGUAAAUCCGACUCCGACCCGUGCAUCCUCAAAAAGCAACGCUCCGUCAGCGAAAAAUCCGCCGGGUCGUCCGCGAACUUCUCGCGCCGGAGCCUCGACACGGGUCUCGGGUCCGGAGCUGCCAGAACCCCGAGAUGGGUCGAGUUCUGGAGCGACGCCGCCGUGGACCGUCGCCGGAGAAACUCAAACUCAUCAUCCUCCGCAUGCUCUUCGCCGGACAGACUAUUCGACUUGCCCAGGUCGGAGUCGCCGAAAUGGGUCGACGAGUACAUUGAUCAGAUAGGAUCCGCUUUGAAACUGGGCGGGUGGUCCGACUCCGAUAUAUCCGAUAUCGUCUCGGUUUCCGCGUCCGGGUUUUUCGAAGGCGAGAUGGUCAUGUUAGACAACCAAGCCGUGUUGGACGCUCUUCUGCUCAAGGCGGACCGGUUCUCGGACUCGCUCCGAAUGGCCGGGUGGAGCUCCGAGGAAGUUUCGGACGCAUUGGGAUUCAAUUUUCGCGCGGAGAAGGAGAAGAAACCGGCGAAGAAGCUGUCCCCGGAGCUCGUGGAAAGAAUCGGGAAACUGGCCGAGUCGGUUUCCCGGUAA